AUGACUGAAGUGAGAGAAUCUACUUCUUUGGAUAAUCCUACUGCUGGGUCAGAUGCUAAUGGUUGUGUAGAUUCUUUUACUGCAGCUUUAAACGCGGAUAAUAAGGAUAUGGUGGUUGCUCUACCUAAAGAUGAUAUUGAUGUAGAAGGAAUUAGCUCUGAUGAAGAAAAAGAAAGCACUGAAGGUAAAUGUGGUGAUGAUGCUGAUGAUUCAGGUGAUGAUUCUGAUAGUUCAGACUCGGAUUCUUCCGUUUGUUCGAGUAAUACUGGAGUAGAAGUUGGAGAUGAUGAUGAUGAAGAAGACGGACCAUUAGAAAAGGGCCCUAUACGUUCAAAGAAUGAGCUUGUUGAAGAACCUGUUCCUGAACUUCCAGAAAACUUUACUAUAGACGAGAAUACAGUAAUACAUAAGGUUGGAGUUAUAAAAUCUGCAUUUGAUAGAAAUAUUAUCAUCGAAGGCACUAUUUCAGGCGAGAAUAGAGUCCUAAAGGAAGGCUCGGUCUUCUGUUUAGAGGACCGCACUAUAAUUGGGCCAGUGUGUGAGGUGUUUGGUAAGUUAUCGAAUCCUUACUUUAGAGUUACAUUACCGUUAGGAUCCGAAGAUAGAUUCAAAGCCUUGAAAGAGCGCAUAGGCUCUGAAGUCUUCUUUGUUACUCAGGAAGCCCAUUGGUUAGAUACAUUUGAAUUGAAACAAAUUAAGGGCACUGAUGCUUCUAAUGGUGUUGAUGAGGAGUUACCGGAGGAGGAACAAGAGUUUUCUGACGAUGAACGUGAAGCAGCGUUCCAGAGACGCAAGAAGUUGGCGAAGAACAAUAAGAAUAACGGUGGGAACGAUACAAAGAGACAAAGAGUGAAUAGUACAAUUCCGUCUAACAUUCCGAAAAUGAAACCACCAUUGGGAAUGGAGCCUUCCGAAAGGCAGUCAUCAUCAUAUAAACCUCGUACCUCACGUCAAAAUAAUAGCGCAACAUCCCAACCAGAAUCUACAAGUACGAUAAAUUCCUCUAAAUAUAGGCCACAAUCGACCUAUAUUAGUCCUGUUAAUAAUGCUUAUGCUUCUCUACCCAAGCAUAUGCCGCAAGUUCCAAUGCAAAUGCAUGCACUUUCAAACUCAAAUGCAAUGUAUCCUAUGUCUACACAGGGUGCAUGGAUGCCACAAAUGUCAUCAAUGCCAUCAAUGCCAUCAAUGCCACCAAUGCAACCAAUGCAACCCAUGCAACCAAUGCAACCAAUGCAGCAAAUGCCACCAAUGCAACCCCCGCAGUUAACGCAGUUUACUCCAUAUUAUAGUAAUCCACCACCUUAUCAUAAUCCUACGCAGCAACAUUAUCAGCAGCAACAGCCGCUUAUGAAUACUACCCAGCAAGCACAAACAGGUAGUUACCAGAUGCAAAAUAACAUGCAAGUUGAUCAAGCGAAGCUAUUACAUCAGAUUUUAUUGCAACAGCAAAACCAGCAAGGAAGACAAUCGCAACUCUAUCAAGGACAAAACUCUUACUCAAAUAAUCAACAACCUCAGUAA